AAACACCCUGGCGUUCGGAGUAUUCAACGCGCGGUCCGAGCAACUUUGUAAAGAGAAAAAAAUACACAACCACACACGCAUGGGCUCGCCUCCUCUCCCUCUCGCCCACGAAGUCACCGCCGCCGCCGCCCACGCCGGCCGCUUCCGGCGAGCUCCGGCGCUGCGCAGCACAGCCUCGAGCUCCGCAUGCUCCGCGCCUCCCUCCCCUCCGGCCAGAUUCUCAUCUCCCGGCCUCUACCGCCCGCUCGCAACCACACCCCCGUGGCUAGGGUUCCGGGCAGUGCUUCGCCGGCGCGUCUCCGGCGGCCCCAGAUGCAGAUGGAGCACGCCAUGGGAGUUCCCCAUCCACCAUGGUCGCUGUCGUCAAGGGCUUCUUCAAGGAGAUGUGAAGGACGCCAUCGACCUGCAGCUACUCAAGGGUGAUCUAGCGAGUUAUCUGGAGACAAAAAGUCGCCUGCAAUCUUAUAAAGUGAUCAGAUUUGCCCCUGAGACUGCAAGGUCCCUCAAAGAGAAGCGUUUUUCAUAUGCUCCUGAAUCUGGUGUGCGGUAUGAUGGAGUUUACAGAUUGAGAACUGUUGGAGGAAGACUGGUAUUCAGCGGAGGGUCACAGAUUCACAGCGCCGUUGGCCGCUCUGCCUACCGAGUGCCACCCCGCCGCCUCCUCCCACCCCCCACCUGGGACCUAACCGCCUGCUCCCCGCCCGGCACACCCACAACGCUUGAGGCUGAGCAGAUGCCAUUGGCCCGUGGGCACGGAAGCAGAGUCCAGGAUGGUGAUGGUGCCAAGGAGGACUCUCGGACGUCGACCGAUUGCAUCGUUGCUGCCGUAUCCAUGGAGUGGCGCGGCUCCAACCACUCUGAGAUGGCUCAUCAAUGGCAUCAUACGACUCGUAACACCACCGACUUGAUCACAAAUCAGUCGUUGGUUGCAUGUCGUAGCACUAUCAGUUCCUUGUGGUGAUCGUGGUUACUGUUUGUUUGUGGUGCAGAGGAAUCAGUACAACAACAGAACUUGAAGCUGACGAGGAUGGAUGAUGGUUGGUUUUGGUGGAAAGAUCGGGUGCAUAUGAACAACCUAUUAGCUUCCUUUUUUGUUUUUCAUCAUUCAACGGGACAAUUUCCUAAUUCUUUUUUAGUACUGUCUGGAAAGGUUAUUAGUACAUAUAGGUUUGUCAAAAUUUAUUAGCACAUAUGAGGUUCUUUGUUUGGACCCCCUUUGACUCUACAUAAUUCUUUGGAGUGGGAUUCUAGAUAGAUGCUUUUAUUGAUUUUCUCCCAUUGCAACGUACGGGUAUGUUUACUGUAAUAAUAAAGUCAGAAGGAGAAGGGCGAGGUCCAGAUGGAGCUCUACCAGUUCCUCCGCUUUCAUA